UAUUAAAAAUCGGAAGAAACACGUUGUAUGUAUUUCUCUUCUCUAUUUUACAAAUAUAAAGUGAUUCAAUAAAGAUACGAGCUCGGCGCUUGUAUGUAAGGAGUUGGUCCCGAAUCAAGAAAAUGGCUGAACUGCCCAAUAUCGGAAAACACUGCUCGGUUGGAAGUUGCAAACUGCUAGAUUUCCUUCCAUUUGCUUGUGAUGGUUGUAAAAAGAUCUUCUGUUCAGAACACAGAGUGAAAGAUGUUCACUGUUGCUCAUCGGAAUAUAUAUCAAAGGCAACCGGAGAAUUCAGUGGAGUUAAAGGAUAUGAUUGUUCCUUGUUGGGGUGCAAAAAGCGGGAACUGACACCCAUUAUGUGUGAAAAGUGCAGGCUGUCGUUCUGCCUCAGUCACAGACAUGAGGUGGAUCAUAAUUGUUCCAAACUGGAGAAGACAGAUACAACCACUUCAGUCUCACGCACAGCUGAACAUGUGAAAACAAUUCUAGAAUCCAAAACUGGUGAGUCAUCAAAACGUCGACAAGGCGUGAAAAAUGCCAAGAUGGCCGCCAAGGUGUCGUUGAUGAAAAUGAAGAUGAAGUCCUUGGGGGAUCCUGGGUGUCCGGAGGCAGAAAGGGUUUAUUUCCAGGUUUACCCUCCACUAGAAUGCCAGAAACCUGAACAGCCAUUGUACUUUUCAAAGGUCUGGACCAUUGGAAGGGCUAUAGAUAGCAUAGCCGAGAGGCUGAAACUGCCAAACAAAAACAAUGUUCAGGACGCAAAGAAUUUGAAACACGUCCUUCAUGAAAAGUUAAAAAUCCUUGAGAAAUCGCUAGAUGAGCUACAAAUGGAACAUAUACACUGGUUUCCCUCUCAGAGCUGGUACAUGACAAGAAAUUGCGCCUUUUUUCUGCGGACACUGGUGCUUUACUUGCCACAGACUGUGAUAUAGGGUGCAUGGUGCAGCAAGAGUUGGUUUUCAGUGGAUCGCCCGUUAUUCUAGAGUAUGUGGACAGCAGCUGUGUAGAAUUGCAAGACCUUAUUCAAUAUAAAGUAUCACGAUGACAUGUUUUGGAUGAUUUGUACUAUGCAUAGUGCUUUUGUUUUGAUAAAAUCUCAAAAUGCUGCAACAACUUAAUGUUCUUUUUAUCAUGGUUCAAGUGUACCGGUAAUUUAAAACACAACUGCCCCUUUUAACUUAGUUAAAAAAACUUUUGAAAAUGUUAACAUUAAAAAAAACCGUACACAUUUUUUAUUUAACACCUUACUGUUUUGUUUUUGUUUCUUAAAAAAAUUAAUACAGGGAUCUAAGAGAAUAUUUUUUUAAUGAGGUCAAGACCAACAAAAAUAACAUAUUUUAUAAGUAUAGAUCUACAUGUUUGCUGUAUUCCAUAGUUGAUCUCAAGGUUGGUUAUUUUGUCAAUGCACGAUUGAUUAUGUAAUAAAAGCUCACAAACCA